AUGACAAGAAACCAAUUGCUUGAUAUGGAGAACUCUCAUGAUUCAAUCUACUUGAAUGGUCAUACAUAUGAGUGUAGCAUGUAUGCAAUUGGUAGUGUCAUAGAGGCCUGUAGAGCUGUAAUCGAAAAUAGAGUUAAAAAUGCAUUUGCUAUUGUCCGUCCACCGGGUCAUCAUGCAGAGACUGAGCAUGCAAUGGGAUUUUGUGUUAUGAAUAAUGUUGCGAUUGCAACAAGGUAUUGUAUGACACACCUUGACACGAAAAAAGUAAUGAUAUUAGAUUGGACCGUUAAUGUUCCAUGGCCUAAAGAAGGAAUGGGAGACGCAGAAUAUAUUUAUGCUUUUGAGCAAGUAAUUAUGCCAAUUGCCAGAGAAUUUGCUCCUUCUCUGGUGAUAGUUUCGGCUGGUUUCGAUGCUGCUCAUGGAGAUCAUAUUGGCCAGUGCGAGGUUACACCUGCAGGAUAUGGCCAAAUGACCCACAUGUUGAUGUCACUUGCAAAUGGAAAAGUUGUGAUGGCUUUGGAAGGAGGAUAUAAUAUCAACUCUAUCGCAGUCUCUAGUGUUGGGUGUAUGGCUGUACUUAAAGGAGAAGCACCAGAGCCUAUCAAACCUGACUCUAGACCAAGCGAGAUUUGUAAAGAGACUAUUGCUAUUGUCAAGAAAUUGCAGGCUACACAAUGGAAAUCACUAGCAUAA